AUGCCUGAAGUUUACCUUUGCCCCUGCUGCAGCGAAUUCUCAAAACUAAGUGAGCGCGACCGACUCCUCCGAUUGGUGCAGGCUGAAAAGGAAGCUGAGCGCCGCAAGAUCCUUCAGCUGGACGUUUUUGAUGAAAGGGCUAAACCACUACCCUUUGUCGGUGGCCCGCGACCCCCACAGUGGGUUCCUGAGGAUGAUGAGGCUAUCCAUAUACAUCCCAACGUGCCACCACCGCCGACCUUUGACGAGCUUCAGCGACGCCAGAACCGAGGAGAUGAUAUGAGGCUGGUGGUCACAGUGCACCACGGCAAGAAUCUCGCUGCUUCAUCACACGAUCCCAUGUCUGUUGUGGUUCGCUGUGGGGGGUUCGAGGGACAGACCGUGAAGAUCCCUCUAAAAAAGGGAACACUGACAACCUGGGACGAACUCUUUGAGUUCCCGUGCCAGAAUACCAAUGAACCGCUUGAGAUGCUGGUGCUAAAUGACCACAUGUCAGGAGACCACGUGCUGGGAGGUAUUUUGAUCCCAAAUGAAUUGGUAAGUGACGCUACGUGUGGAGAUGAAACGAUACUCCCCAUCGAGCCACGACGCAAUACCUCAGUUUUGAUGCCUCUUUGGGAUGGUGUUUCCCGAGAGGGCACUAUGGGUUCUAUGGUAGUGUCCUGGUAUGUCAGCAAAAACGGGCAGGAUCGCAUUGACGAGACGGCCAUAGAGCAGCAAAAACUUGACGAGCCAAUCCGAUGCAGCUUCGUAACUCACCACAUCUUCCAGUACACUGACACUGGCAGUGAGCCGUUCUCUGGUGGUGUGUUGUGUGUACUACGCGACACGGAUGACAAUUGCUCUGAGUCAAUGCUGUAUAACCUUGGUUCAGAUCAUGAGACAUCGUUUUCACCGUACUUUUCAAAGGAAGGUUAUCACUACCUUCCAGAGAACGCGUUUAAGGCAACGCAACUCAUUUCAAAUAAGAAACUCGGUCACAUUUUGAUCUGUGUUCCCAAAGAGGAGGGCAACUCGGCUAACGAGGAGGAGGAGCUUCUUGUCAUCGGCGCGGUGCCUCUCGACUUUGGACGGCUGCAUCAGCGAGGUAAUGCAGUGUUACUCAUUGAGUCAAAGUCCAAGGAUGACGCUAUCUGGGGCGAGAUCUACGUUGAAUGGGACAAACGCUUGCUACACGAACUCAAUGAUAAGCCAGCACUCACACAAGUGCCAAAGGAAUCCGUUUUUGUGUCAGUUGUGCGCGGUGUCAACCUCACAAAGUAUGAACAAGAACCACUGGAACAGGCCAUGCUAACGAUCUCUACAGAAAACUUGGAGGGUACCACAAUGAUGGGAAUAAAGACUAAGGAUGAAGCUAACGAUGACGACGUCAUUCCCUGGAACCAAGAGAUUCGAUUCAUCGGGGUAGAUCGCAGUGAUAACAAAUUGGAUCUGGUAGUGUUCGGAGAAGAAAACCUUCCAGUUUCGGUUGGCAGUUGUGUACUCAAUCAAGAGGAAGAGGGUGUAUGCAUUGUAAAAAUGCAUGAAAUUUCCAAGCCCGACGAGGAUCGUGGUGAGAUCUUAUUGGGCUACAGGCGUCUCCAUAGUCAUCAUCAACCACGGAAGUUUAUUGCUAAGAAAGAUAGCUUCUCUCAAGGUGACGAAGAAUAUGAGGAACAAGAGGUAUCAGAGGAACAAGAGGAGCCCGACGAUGUUGAGGAUAAGCAGCCGAUGGAAAUUGAACGCGAAGAUGAUUUUGAGAGAGACGGAGAAUUAUAUGAUGAGUUACCAGAUGAAGCUUACGCAAACUCUCGUCUGUACGAAUCACCUGUUGAUGACUUAAAUCAAUUCAGAGGCGAGGAAGAUGACAAUUAUGAAAUGAACUUUGAUGAUGAAAAUGGAGAUGAACUUGACGAGAAUUAUCUAAGAAAUGAGUCAAAAUUGUCUGGGAAAGGGAAAUCAUCCUCUUUACAAUCCCUGAAUCGAUACAAAUCGCCCUCAGGACCACACAGCAUGAGGUCUCCCUCUGCUUCUGAGCGUGACCUGCACAAAACGCCAUCAGAGUCACGUGUCGCAGUGUUGCCUUCUGCUGUUGAGCAUGACCUGCACAAAUCGCCCUCAGGACCACAUAGCAUGAGGUCUCCCUCUGCUGCUGAGCGUGACCUUCACAAAUCGCCCUCAGAGUCACGUGUCGUAAAGGUGUUACCUUCUGCUGUUGAGGGUGACCUUCAUAAAUCGCCCUCAGAACCACGUAGCACAAGGAGGUCUCCCUCUGCUGCUGAGCGUGACCUUCACAAAUCGCCCUCAGAGUCACGUGUCGUAAAGGUGUUACCUUCUGCUGUUGAGGGUGACCUUCAUAAAUCGCCAUCAGAACCACGUAGCACAAGGAGGUCUCCCUCUGCUGCUGAGCGUGACCUUCACAAAUCGCCAUCAGAAUCACGUGUCGCAAAGGUGUUACCUUCUGCUGUUGAGGGUGACCUUCACAAAUCGCCAUCAGAACCACGUAGCACAAGGAGGUCUCCCUCUGCUGCUGAGCGUGACCUUCAUAAAUCGCCAUCAGAACCACGUAGCACAAGGAGGUCUCUCUCUGUGAGCUCAAAAGGCGGAAACAAGUCAGACCUUCCUGUACAUCCACAGAAGGCUUGGUCUCAACCUGCAGAGGACAAAUCGAUACAACAGAGGGAAGCCACCAGUACCCUUCAUAAUGAACGUGCACACGCCAGAAAGCCCGCGGAGGAACCUGUGUACCUGCCACCACCAACACCACCACUCAGCAACGUUUUUUCGGAUCAUGCGCGUGUGUCCAAAUCAUCUGCUUCCUCCAGUCGCCGUCGCCAAUCUACGGAUAACGGAGGUUCUUCGCGAAAGUCGCAGGCAUACAUCCAGCCCUGGUUCCCCGCUGGAAAUGCGGAAUCGCAACAACAUGUUCCGUAUGAAAGGAGCACGCUAUCAAUGAAAAAUAAAGAAAGUAUUCGCGAAUUGGAGCGUCGUCGUUCUCGCCUCGAGGAAGAAUCGGUUCGACGUGGUACCUCACCACGCGUUACGGGCACACUCGCUCUCCCUGAAGAGUCGAAAGAUGACUUGUAA